AUGUUCGAGGACACCAGUAAGCGUCGACAGCGUGGAUGGGGUGGCUCUCAGUACUCGGAAUCCUCCUAUACUAGCUCAAACCUGUUCGACCCGACCCCCUCCUUUUCGACGCAGCAGAGUGAUGAGUUCGACAGCGAGACAGACGACAAACCGCCAUCCGACGCCGAAAUGCUGGAUCGAGCUCGAGCAUCUCACACGAACGUCGACUUUGAGGCUCUUUCAGCCGGACCGGAGCUAGGUGGACCGUGGCAUCGCGUGGAAGCUGCUGACCGGUUUGUCGUGUUUAGACGACCGUCUACUGCUCAAGUUCACGGUACUCAUCUUCCUGGACUUGACGUUAUGUGUGCUGGCCGACUAGAUGCAAGUCUGGAGGAAGUGGCCAGUGUUCUUCGCUCGAACUCGGAAGUUGAUCUCGCGAGCACUAUGCAGGGUCUGCACGCUAAGAAUUUCAUCUUUGGGUCUCUCGAUCGCGACGUGCCGUGCUCGGACGAGCAACAACAGGAUGAAGAAUCCUGCGCGAAUACCAUGGAGCAACUCAAUGUCAAGACCAGUAGUUUUAUGCGUACGAACCUCUUCUCACGUAACGAGCAGUGGUGUUUCACGGACUUUUUCCAACGGAAGGAAGAGCGAGACGGAUUCACCAUCUCCCAGCGUGCGUUGCUCCCCUUUGAGUCUACUCCAGGUCGCGUGGUGGGGAACAACGCUCGUGUGGAUCAGCUACACGGCCUCAACGCGUCGUACUUAGUCGACCAACUUCCGAACCGAAAGGGACUUCGAGUCGUCUACAACGCGUGGUUCGAGGACGUGAUGAAAGAUACUGAAGGUUCUAUUAUAGGUAGCGACCGAAGUAUGUCGAGUCGCAGUAGCAGUCGACGCCGAAGCUCUGGCUCCAGCGCCGUCUCAACGUCGAGCGUGUCUAGCUCUUGCUCCGACGAGAUCAGCGAUGUUAAAGCUCAGAAACGUCGACUACGGGCGCUGGCUCGUGGUAUCACCAAACUGCCCGAGCUCAUUCGACGUCGACGAUUUGGGUUCCAAAUGCCGGCAGACUUGGAGGCGAUACAGGUCGCAAACACACGCUGUCCGUGCUGUACACACAGCUUGGCACCAGUAAAGAUGUCGCUGUCUAUGGCAGCUUCAGCGAUAGCGAAGAGAAGUCUUCGUCCGCUGAAAUUGGACACGAGACGUUGUUAUCUAUGCGGAUAUCUCGUGUGCGUCGACUGCUGGAGUGCAGAGCACAUGGAGAGUACAGUUGGUCGUGUAGCGGCCAUUGUAGUCUGCAAUCGAUGCCACGCUUGUGUCAAAGCCUGCGAUUACUCAGAAGUCUGCGAUCCGGACAACAAAAGCAACCACAAAGGACCAGUCAAGGUCGUCGAAGAUAAACCCGACGACUGUGCAGCAUCUCUACUUACGGAUUUCCUUGCAGCCUCGUUAGUCAACGACUCGGCUGACGGUGCGGACAGAGCCGCCGUGUUGUCUGUCAUUCGGCUGCUACUCCGGCAAAGCGAAACCACAGAUACUGAAAGUGAUGCAACGUACGACGAUAGCGACGAUGAACAUUGCAACAACGACAACGUAUCUGUGCACGAACUCGGCAAGUUCUUGAGCGAUGAAAACCAACUGCCAAAGCUCGACGCCUGUGUGGUCGCCAGUGCUGAGCGUCGCGGGUAUUUAAUUGAUCUACCAGACGACCCGGUCACAAUGGUGCCGUCCAGUGUGAUUCCAGGGCACGACGACGCUCGUCUCAAAGUGGCCAAUGACAAAGGACUGUUGCUACUCGCCUACCAGCUAGCACCACUGCGCUCCAUCCCCGAUUUGUUCGAUAACGCGUGCGACGUGCGCGACCUCAACUUGCUGUGUCAAUUAGCCGUGCGUGCCACAGGCUGUACAGACGCGUUCGUGACGGUCAUGGGCGUCAAGCACAACCACAUUCUGGCUGCGACGAACCCAGGCUUUCAUCACGCUGCUGUGCCUCGAGAGCAGACUAUUUGCCAGCAUACAGUGUUGACAACCAGACCGUUCCUAGCGACACAUCCAGAGGCAGACGUUCGCUUCCACGAGAUCGUGGCGGUCAAGGCGCUUUCCAUUCGAUUCUACGUGGGGUUCCCAGUCAUUGUGUCCAUGCAUGAUCCCUCUGGGAAAGAGGUUGAAGUCCCGGUUGGUACGCUGUGCUGUAUCGACUCCACCGCUCGCGCAGAGCUCACACGGUCUCAAUACACAACCAUGAAGCGACUCACAGACACGGCGUCAAGGCUAAUUCAGCUAAAGGGGAGUCAUCUACGAAACCAGCUUGGUCCCGAAGCAACGUAA